GCACACCACCAGGGUAGCUUUAAGCAUACACAUGCGUUGACGGGCAAUUGCUUCAGAAAUUCAAUUCACAAUGAGCGGACUAGUUGCAUAUGACAGCAGUGAUGAUGAUGCAAGUGAGACGGGCUCAUCAGCACCCCAGAUAUUGCCUCCAGUGUCCAAAACAGAAUUGCACACACAAGGAGAGGCGAACACAAAGGCAAACACUCAAGAUAUUCAGACCUCAAAAAAGACACACCAAGAACCACCAUCACAACCUGCGCCAACGAUACCACUACCGAUAUCAAGUCAAGAUAACGAGCCAAUUGGUCCAUCAUUACCUUCACUGGAUAAUCCCGAGCCUACAGUCCAAGAUGCCCAAGACGCACCGUCACCAUACUCAUCUAAUCGCAGUCUUCUUCACGACCUCACCCUACCCGCCGUCCCAGACUUUGACAUUCCACCCUCGCCGCCAGGAUCGCCACCACCUGCUACCAAUAAGAAAUUCGAGCAAUUUCUAACACUGAAAAAGAAAGGAACGCACUUCAAUGCUAAGCUCGAAAAUUCAGCGGCUAUGCGAAACCCGGCCCUGGCGAGCAAACUACUUGCCUUUGUCGGGAUGCCGGAUGGGGAUCCGGCGCAGUACGAAACAACGCUUAGCCCUGAGCUGUGGAACCCCGGCGGAUUCCCAGAGGAGGCAUUUAGAGGCAAGCUGCGUAGAGCACGCGACAAGCUGGCCAAGGAACGUGAGGCUGAGCGAGCGUCUGGCAAUAGAAGCACGGUGGAGUUUGUACCGGCUAUCGAGGCUGGUGGGACAGCCUCGUCGAGCAGGAAAUGAGAGGUUGUACUCUUUAUCCUUGUUGAAUGGGGAUUCUAUCAUACACAUCUAUAGACUCUGUACAUAUCACUAGUUGUGUUAAGGUAAUGAAACAUAUUCACUGUUGGGCGAGAAAGGGCAAUUUGAGUUUAGAGCAUUAGAAUUCAGUGACCAAGUACGUAACAACAACCUAUUCUGAACAAAGUACACUAAAAGGUAUCAUCAAUUCUCGACCGCGUCGCUUCGUAUAACAAAUCGUUCGUAGCGCGGCAAAACAUAUUCCCAUCAUACAAUCAGCGCGGGGUGACAAUCCAAAACAACAAGUGCCCAGAGAGACACGAAAAGCAAAAGCUGACUCCAAAAACAAAAGUGCCACUGGCGAGACACACAAAGACCCCCGUUCAACGGGAAACUCAAUGUACACAAAAAUUAAUCCACCUAGAAUAGGGGCCCGCGUGUUCCAGUCAUGUCGACAUAGUCAAAGGUGACAAGACAAGCAUUUACGAGCUCUUGGGGCAGAUAUUGGAACCAAGAGAAGCCGAGAGAACCUCGCCAAUGUUAACCUCGACAGUCUGGUUGACCUGGUGGAGAGCGUUGCCGAAGUAAGGGAGAUCCUGACCAUGGUUGUUGACAGAUACGCCCUGGAGAACCAGGGGGUUGGGCUUGCCACACUGAUCGCCGGUGGAGACAAGGUAUGAGACAACAUCGCCCUGGUUAAGGCGGCCACGAGUCUGGACCUUGUUCUCGCCUGGAGCAAGGUUGAAGUUGUCAAUGAAGAGCUUGCCGAGGAGAGCGCCAGCAGGAGAGUAGUUGUUGAAAGUGGCGUUGCC